AUGGAAGAAGCUAUAGAAGCUGCCAGCAGCCUCGUGCCACAUUUAAGCUCUCUCAGAGAGAUAACCUUAAAGUGCAAAGACAACCUCCAAAAUAUUGAUAAGGAGCAGAUGAUCCUAACCGUGGGUAUCAUCAUGACUGCUAUCACAUCCGCUGUUACCCUUGGCGUUAUUUCCACGAAUGGAGAUAUUAAGGGUAUCAUAGCAGGGGACGAAUGCGAUGAUGAGGAAACCCCAAAUGAGGAGGAAACCCCAAAUGAGGAGGAAACCCCAAAUGAUGAGGAAACCCCAAAUGAGGAGGAAACCCCAAAUGAGGGGGAAAACCCCAAUGAGGAGGGAACCGUAGAAAGAACCGAAGAGUGGAAAAGACAAGAAUGGAAGGACUGGAUGAAGAAAUUAGAACAAGACUGGAAAGUAUUCUAUGAACAGCUAGAAAAUGAAAAAAAUACAUUUAUGGAAGAAAAAGAAGAAGAUUGGGACACAUGGACAAAGUCGAUACAGAAAAAGUGGUCCCACUUUAACCCUAACAUGGAUAAAGAAUUCCACACCAAUAUGAUUAGGAGGUCUAUAAAUUGGACUGAGCCUCAGUGGAGAGAAUGGAUCCAAACCGAUGGAAGAAUAUACCUCGAUAUCGAAUGGAAGAAAUGGUUUUUCGAAAAACAAUCUCAUCUAGACGAAUUAAUUGUGAAGAAAUGGAUUCAAUGGAAAAAAGACAAAAUCAUCGACUGGUUAAUGUGUGACUGGAAACGAGAGGAAGAGGAAAGCUGGGAAGGCUUUGAAGAUCAGCCAUGGUCUUCCAAAAUAUUCCAGAUAUUCAAAAAAAAAAAGUAUGAAGCUUUUAAAGAGAGAACUGAGAAUGAAUGGGACGAUUGGUUCGAUUGGGUAAAAGAAAAAGAUAAUAUUUUUAUUAGGAACAUUCUAGACGAGUGGAUAAAAUGGAAGGACGAAAAGAACCUUCUAUACAACCAAUGGGUUGAUACCUUUGUCACCAACUGGAUAAACAAGAAACAGUGGCUCGUGUGGAAUGAUGAGAGAAGAAACCUAAUCGCAAAGGCGAAGGCUCAAUUAAAAGCAGAAAGUAAUUCACACGCAAAGAAUGAAAAGUGA